CUCGUACAGUACAGCAUCGUCUCAUGCACUCCCACAUCGUUGAUUCUAUAUUGCUUAGCGAGGCAUCUUUUGACGUCACUCUUCAACGCAUCAACGCACAUGUGUUGUUGAUGUCAUGAGUCUGAAGUCCAGACGGAUAUUUGCCCCUUUGAAAAUCCCAUCGGCGUUUAUUCCGACCCCUCCAUGGUCACAAUUUCGGGGUUAAGACGCGUCUCCACUGUUUGUUGGAAGGGUUUGGAGGGAUUUGGAGGGGCACUCGCCUCGAAAAUGGCAGGUGCAUGUGAGAAGAACACUGAGGUCACCAAAUAUACGAAGACUCGUCUAGACCUUCCGUUCGAAAGUGCAACGGACUUUCUGACAUCAAGAAAUGCUAUUAAUGGCCUCCCACUGCAAAACAAAACCCCAUCCCAUCCAACAUGACCAGCGAACGCUCUCCUACCAAGAAACAGAAAACUGAACAAUCAACCACAAUGGCAUCAGCACCAGAGCAAUUCGAGGGUUUCGUGAUCCACUCCAAGGACAAAUGGAGCGACUUCACCAAGGAGAAGUUCACCCCCAAGGUAUUCGAAGAUAAUGAUGUCGAUAUCGAAAGUGAAUGUUGUGGCGUUUGCGGCUCUGAUGUUCACACAAUUACAGGAGGCUGGGGGGAUUUGGCCGUCUCUCCCAUCUGCGUGGGUCACGAGAUCAUCGGCAAGGUUCUGCGUGUUGGGCCAAAGGUCAAGGGAAUCAAGCCUGGAGACCGUGUUGGCGUCGGUGCUCAGGUACAAUCUUGCAUGAAAUGUCCCCAAUGCAAGUCGGACAAUGAGAACUACUGCCCUCACAUGGUUGAUACCUAUGGCGCGCCAUACAAUAUCGGCGGAGCGGACAGCGGCAAGGCGAUGAAGGAUAAGGAUGGCAACCAAAUUUGGUCUCAAGGAGGAUACUCUUCGCACGCUCGAGUUCACCAACAAUUCGUCUUUCCAAUCCCCGACAAUAUGCCCUCUCACGAGGCUGGCCCCAUGAUGUGUGCUGGCCUCACCACGUACUCUCCACUUAAACGUGCCGGCACACGCCCAGGCAAGAAGGUUGCAAUCGUUGGCAUUGGUGGUCUUGGGCAUUUUGCUCUCUUAUGGGCCAAGGGUUUGGGUGCGGAAGUCUGGGCUCUAUCCCACACUCCUGGCAAGAAGGAAGAAGCUCUCAAACUUGGUGCGGACCACUUUGUGUCCACCAAAGACAAGGACUGGGCCAAGCCUCUCGCUUUCACGUUCAACUUCAUCCUCAAUUGCGCCGAUAUGACCAACGAAUUCGACCUGAAAACCUACAUGAGCACGCUUGCCGUCAACGGUGCCUUCCACAAUGUUGGUCUCCCAGACAAACCGUUGCCCGAGAUGAUGGCCCAGGAUUUCACUUCCAAUGGCAGCUCCAUCGGUGGUUCCCACAUCGGAAGCAAGAAGGAGGCUUUGGAGAUGUUGAAGCUUGCCAGCGAGAAGAAUCUCCACCCGAUGAUCGAGCAGAUUGAUAUCUCGGAGGCUGGUUGCAAAAAGGCUGUUGAGAAGGUUAAGGUCAAUGAUGUUCGGUAUCGUGUUACGUUGGUUGGCUUCAAGAAGGCUUUCCAUACGAAGUAGAGGACGCCAUUUUGGAGGAAGAGGACCAAAGGAGGCAUGCACUGCGUCGACGGCAAGAGGUGGGGGGGCAUUAUAACUGUACGAUUAAUGAUAAAGACAUCAGUUUUGUCACCUAGAUCCAUAGAUUCAGAGUUGUUCGAUACAAUGUAGUACGGAUAGACGAUCA